GGUCCUCGCCGGCGCGGGCGUCCUUCGUGGGGGGCAUCGCCUCGCGGGUGCUGCGGCGCCCGCGCCCCAACGCGCGGCAGGUCCUCAGGCUGCCGGCCCUGGACAGCGUUUGCCCGCAGGUCAGCAAAAGCCUGUCGCCGCACACCGGCGAUCUCCUGCUGGCAUCGCUCUCCGUCGCGUUCGCCACGCUGCCGCCGUCGCUGAGGGCCCGGCUGGCGUCUUCGGCGACUAUCGAGGUCUGCGCGCGCACCAGGCGCGAGAGGGGCAGCGUGGGCAGCGCGCUGCGCCGGUGCAAGAGCGCCGUCGGCGAUGGGAAGCUCCGACUCGGCGCCGGCCUGGGGCGGGUGGCGGAGAAGGCGGGCAGCUUCGACUGGGUGCGGCAGAAGAACGGGCCGCAGGAGACCGCCUCGACCGCUUGGCGGCGUUGGUGGCCACGGUCCAGGCUACGAACGGAGGCGGCUACGUCCUCCCGGGCGGGGCAGAGGUGCAGCUAUCCGUCGAGGAGACACGCUGUCGAGGACGCGCGUCGUGCGCGCGCCGGUGCCCGGCUCCAGCGAAGGGAACGGCGCCACGGCGCCCUUGAAAAACGGCGCGUGCGCCACGCAGUUCGUCUGGGCGGGGGACGGCGUGACCGUCAUGGAAGCUGCGAUCAAGUCGCAGCGCUCGGGACGGCGCACGGCCGCCGUCAAUGCGGCCUCCGCCUACCAUGUCGGCGGCGGCGCGCUCACUGGGGGCAGGCACGCUCUGGAGGACUGGAUCGGGGGACCUGGUGUGUCACGUCCACGCUCUUGGGCUCCCUCCAGCAGGUCCAGUGGGACGAGGAGCUGAAGAGAAGGGGGGGGGCCGACGACCCGCGGACGGCGGAGGGAUCCUUGACCUCGCGGCGGCAGGACGAGCCUCACCACCUGCAGUACCUUCCGACGGACGGGUGCGUCGUGAGCCCGAGCGUCACCCUCUUCCGCGGCACGAGCGCGGACGGGUACGUCUUCAGCCAGGACCCCACUGAGCUGCUGGCGGUCUGCAGCAUCGCGAUGUUCAACACUAACACGAGGGUGAGGGACAGCCCCGUGGACGCGCCCACGCAGUUCGAGGAGUACGGCGAGCAGGUCCGGCAGAAGUUCCGCGCCCUGCUCGCCGCCGCGGCCCAGCUGGGCGCGGAGGCCGUUGUCUGCCCGGACGUCGGCUGCGGGGUCUUCGGCAACGAUCCGGCCAUCGUCGGCGGGCUGCUGGGCCAGGUCGCGCGCGAGUACCCCGAUACCAUACGCGAGAUAGUGGUGACGGGCAACGAGGAACCGGCGUUCUUCGACGCCGCCCGCAGGGCGGCCUCUGGGCAGCCCGUGCCCGUGACGGUCCCGGCCUACUUCCAGUCGAGAAAGAGGACCGUGGCGCUGUGAGGCGCCCCCCGCUCGCGCACCGAGCGCUCCCGUGAGGUGCUCGCCUCGGGGACCUUUCGGUUUGAUGCCGCCACGGGGGCGGGGGCGAGGUGCUAGCGAAUUUGCAAUAAUCUACGCGUUUUGAAUUUCACGCCGCGCGGUUGAAUCGAACUGCCAUGGCAUCGCGAAGCUUGCGACAUGUUUGUAUUAUUUUGCGAGGUCCGAAGCGGAAUCUCGUUCAUGACUGCAGGUGCUGGCCUCGGCUUGAGGCUGUGGGGCUGAGAGGGCAUGCUUUAAUGACCCAUAUCAUGGGAAACGCAGGCAGCCUUACAUAAUCAUAUAUCUCACAGCGCGCUCGCAAGACAAGCGUCCGUUGGCAUCUUGAGACUGAAGCGUUCCUGCCUCAGGCUAUGGGCACGGCGCGGAUGCGACAGCGACCAAGACAGUGGAACGUUGCUGAGCGAUUCAUACUAUCAGUCGUCAUGCUCCCUGCCGAUGUCUCGCGCCAGCAGGCUUGGCGCGUGGGUUUGCGUGGUUGUCCAACGCCUAGUGGAUGAUGGUAGGCGCAUCCGUCGUUGAUCCUGCCCGCCCUGUGGAUUUGGGUCCUCGGACUCCUCGGACCGAGUGCGCGGCGCCGCGCACCUCGUUCCCGCCUUCUCGCCUCCUCCCUACCCAAUACCUCUACCCUUCCCUCGCGUUCCCUCGUUUCUGGGACUCCUAGGGGAUCCCUCGCCCCCACCGCCCACCGCCGGAGAUGCGCUGCGAGAUGCUGGUCAGAGCGCGCCGCGGGAGAGCCGUCUCGGGGAGUGGCGGCAUCGGUACUUCUGAUUUUCCCCAGGGGCAUCGUUAUUUUUUUUUAGGCUGGGCUCCUGGAGCCAGCCAUGUGGACAGCUGCAUGUCGUGCGUCAUAGCCCGCUCCCCAGUCGUCGGCGUUGGGAGGCGCUUGGCGUCUGCAACGUUCCACUGAGUUUGGCAACGCGGGCAUGAUGUUGAAGGCCCGAGGUCGACCAUGUGACUUGAUGCAACUGCACAGGCAAAGCGAACUGAUUUGUGGUUGUGGCAGGAUUGCCGCGACGCCAGCAUGUUAGACGGAUCCACGCUUUACGGGCUGGCGGAUAAAAAAAAGCGGGAUUUGCACUUCCGCCUGCUUUUCCUCCUGCCUCGGAUGGGCGCCUCCUCCUGGCAGCGUGUGUUGCCGCUGUGCUUCCUCAAGAGGGGAG